AUGGCGAAGGCUUCGGAGGAACUCGGAGCUUUCCUCAUGUCGGCGGAUCAUCUCGACGCGCCGGCACGAGCGGAAUCGUUUUCGGACGAGUCGCGAGGGGACAGCGGGACCUGGGGAGCGGGGAGCGACGGGGGGGGUAUGGCGCCAAGAGGGGCGGUGGGGGAUAGGGACCGUGAGCGUCUUCUUGGGACUCUGACUCCAGUACUGGUGCAGUUCGGGCGGCUGUUGAAAGAGCAGGCCUUGUCGCACAGCAUGUUCAUGGACGGGAUCCAGAAGAGCUUCGUGGAACCCAUGGAAGCUUACACGCGAGCGGCGCACGGGAAGCUGGCGGAGCACAAGAAGGCCUGGGAAGCAACGGAGGAGGUUUUUGUCGCGUCGCUGGAGAAGUAUCUUCACGGACCCAUGAAGGCCAAGCACCUCACGGACGACAUCAUCGACCAACGGGCCGCGGAGCUCGCGAAGGCGCACCACGACUCGCAGAAGGCGAGGUUCGCGUUGGUCCGAGAGCUGAGCAUGGCCGAGAACCAGAAGUACCUGGAGGUUGCUGACUGCGUGCUCUCUUCGGUUAACGUGAUCGGGUCUUACUUCCGGGAGUCGACGUCCCUCGUCGAGACGUACACGCCAUACAAGCGCGCCCUCGAGAACCAGACGGAACGAGUGCGAGCUUCCUUGGCCGCUGCGGAGGGCCCUUGGGAAGCGCAAAAGGCCAAGCUCGACUCGGCCAUCGCUCUCACCAACGAGACGCUGGACGUCACGGGAAGAUCACCGCUCCCCGGGGCGGGGAUGGGGGGGGGCACGGCGACACCGAGCCCCCUCUCGCGGACGAACUCGUUGCAGCGGACGUCGAUGAUGAAGGGGCUGGAGGGCGGGAAGCUCACCGCCGCCGUGCGGCAGGCGGCGGCGGCUUCGGAGUCUAGGCACCUGUGCUUCGAACAGAUCCGGAGGAUGGAAGACGUGUAUACAAGACGCGCGACGCCCGGCUGCGUGAAGGAAGGGUACCUGUUCAAGAAGAGCUCGUCUAAGAUGCUGCAGCACUGGAAUCGACGGUGGUUUGUGCUGGACGGGUCUAAGCUGUACUACCUCAAGAAUGACUCGAGCAGGCAGAAGAUGUUCAUUUGGGACGUCAUGCUGUGCACUGUCAAGGAGGUACACUCUUCAGAUGCCCUCUACUGCUUCGAGGUGUUCUCGGCAAACCGACGUAGCUACAUGCUUCAGGCAGAGGGGCCGGAGGAGCUGACGUCGUGGGUCACGUGCAUCCGAAGAACUAUCGAAUCGCAGCUCACCGGCAGCACCCCUUUACCAGGCGAUGACGGCGGCGGCGGGACUCCAACAGGGCGGCCCAACAGCGGCACCGGGACGAGCUACGCGGACGACACCUCGGACGAGGAUGGGUACAGAAGUCUCGCCAACGGCGGAAUGGGGGCACGCGGAGGAGACGCUGGGAGGUCCCCCAACAACCCCCUGGUGCAGGAGGUCAUGAAGGCGAACCCGGAGUGCGCAGACUGCGGAGCCCCCAAUCCCGACUGGGUAUCUCUCAACCUUGGCGUCCUCGUGUGCAUUCAGUGCAGCGGCAUCCACCGGUCAUUGGGAACGCACGUGUCGAAGGUGCGAUCGCUUGGCCUGGACGCUUUGGACGAGAUAGACUUGAGCGUACUGAGAGAGGUGGGGAACGCAAGGUCCAACGCCAUCUGGGAGCACUCCCUCGCGCAACGGGAGGGCUGGGAAAAGCCCACGGCGAACUCCCCCGGCGACCUCAAGCGGAGUUACAUCCAGGCCAAAUACGUCUGGAAAGGUUUUGUAGAGGGGUCCACGAGCCGGCUUGUGGCGGGCGGGGGCUGGGGCGCGACGCGAGGGGGAGGGGGAGACCACAGUAGCUCCGAGGGAGGCGGUGGUGGCAGCAGCACCCAUAGCCGGCGAUCUAGCAGGGACGGCGGCGGGGUGAACGGGGACUCAACGGGCGGGAGCGGCGGCUUCGCGGCGAGGGGGGGCGGGGCGGAGAUGUGGUCGUUGCGGCUGUCGGAGUGCGCAGCGCUGGGGGAUCUGGCGGGAGCCGUCGAGGCGUUGGCCCACGGGGGCGACCCACGAUGGACGAACCCCGAGGAUCAGCACAGGACAGCCCUGCACUGCGCGGCGGCAACCGGAGACCUGGGGUGCUGCGAGUUCCUUAUCCAGAACGGCGCUGACGUGCUCUCGCUGGACGAACGGCAAUGUAGCCCUUUGGACAUCGCUUGCCUGGGCAAUCAGGUGCCCGCGGUGGAGUAUUUCUCGGACAAGAUGGAUCGGUAG